GAAAAAUAUGGAACCGGGAAGUUGGGGAUUCAAAACAUUUCAACGAAUUUCACUGAUAUAACCUACCAUACGCGAUAACAGGAUAAUUUAACAAACUAAUUAGAUGAAAGAGAUAUUUGUGCAAUAUAUAAACAUCUGCUCAGGCGGGGGAUAGUUCCCUAAACGUGAAAAUGAAUCGUUUUCAGUGCAAAAAUUUUCCAGUCUUGUUUUUAUUUUUUCUCAAAGUUUUUUCCAUCUUCCAACAAUCGUUCAGUUUUGCAGAGAAAGGAAAUGCAGAACCUAUAGGACAUUUAAAACCACUUGGGUCUCACAUGCCACCUGAAAGUUCAGUAGAUGAACUUCAAGUCCUGCCAACAUCAGAGAUAUUCCACAAGGAAUAUGUUAAGCCUGGAAAGCCAUUGAUCUUCAAAGGAGCAGCUAAAUUGAUGCCUGCCUUUAAACUGUGGACUGACGAUUAUCUGAGCUCUCAGUUUGGUGACUGGGAUGUAGAAGUAGAGAUGGGCAAAAAAGAGAACAGAAGUGGUAGUGCACGCCACUUGCCAUUCAAGUCAUUUUUGGAUGUCUACAAGAACAGCGACAUCUACCUUGUUGAGGAUAUUAAUGAUGAUAAUCCAAUGACAGAAGACCUAUGUGUACUGAAGCCUUUGCUGUGUGGGGGGUUCAUGAGGGGUCUGCAGACUGUCGUGAUAUGGUUCAGUGGGGGAGGGACAUCCAGCGUCCUCCACAAUGAUGGUGUCGACAACAUCAACUGCCUCUUUGAUGGAGAGAAAAAAUUAGUGAUGUUUGACAAAAAAUACAAUACUGAGAUUGAAGGGACAAACUUUGUGAAAAGGGAGGGAUAUAGUAAGCUGAAUGUUGAUAAGGUGGAUCUGCUGACAUAUUCAGAGUUCCAGACGUUACCCUGGGUUGAGGCUAACAUGGAGAAAGGUGAUUGCAUGUUUAUUCCAUAUAGGUGGUACCAUCAAGUAAGAUCAUACGGUAAUAGAAACAUUGCAGUGAACGUUUGGUUCGCACAUAUGUUACGAUUUGAUGCUGAUGAUUGCAAGCAGGAGGAGCCACUUCCAGAUGUUCGUAAAUUGAGCGAAUUUGAGAUAGAAUCAAGUAAUGAAGCAUUAAGAGUUCACAUUAUUGAGAGACUGGGGGAUAAAGUUGAUAUAACAUUAGAAGAUCUUAUUGAAACACUUCGUGCUGAGGAUAUAGGAGCAGAAGAGGAUGCUGCAGAGAUAUUUGGGCUCAUGGAUAGAAACAAUGAUGCAAUUCUGGACAAAGACGAGCUUCUCACAUUCGAUGUGGACCAACUGGUAGCUGAAUUCCCUGAUAUCUUUGGGAAUUAUGAAGAUGACAACCCUGAUGAAGAAUCAAUUGAAGAUGAAAAUGAAGAUGAAAAUGACAUUGCCAAAGAUGAACUAUAGGAAUAGGAUUUAUAGUGCAUACCAUGACACAAGUCUUACUUGGUAGUACAAACCACACAAAUAUUUCAUAAUUUUGCAAAAACUGAAGUGGCUGCAAUUGGAUUUUCAACAAGGUGCAAGAUAACCUCAGCUCUCAAAUCAGUGCAGUAGUGCCCUCCACUGCAAAUUCACAUUUGAUGAAAUCCAGAAUCUUGACAAUAUUAGGAUAAAGCCAAACUAUGAGCUGCCGGUGAUGUAUGAUAAUGACUAAUUAUAAGUAAAGUAAUCCAGAUGCAUAAUCAUAAUAAAAUAUUCAGAUUAUAUAUUAUUCUGACUAUACUCUCUUACGAGCUUAGGAAAUGCUUUAACAAGUUUUAAGUUCAAAUGCUCAAUAUGAGAGUUUCUAUUAAUAUUUAGAGAAUUUUUAAGAAAUAUUUAUGUGGGUAUUAACACAAGACACUAUGAGCAUAAUUU